AUGAAGCUGCUCUACCAGCCUAUCUGUGGAAAACCCAUAAUGAGGUUUCUGAAGAAAUCUGAGCCCACCAGACUGGGGUCCACAGAACAAGACCUUCUCAACUCACAGAGGGGAUUAGAAACCGAUGUGAAGACAGAUGGAUUUAGUAUGGAGACUUGUCGCCACAUUAUCAGCCUGCUAGAUAGAGAUGGCAGCGGCAAACUCGGCCUUGUGGAGUUUCACAUACUGUGGAUAAAGAUCCAGAAAUAUUUGGAGGUUUUUAAAAAGCAUGAUACCAACAACUCAGGCACUAUGAGUUCCUAUGAGAUGAGAGCUGCCGUGAAAGAAGCAGGGUUCCAGCUGAACAAUGAUGUACUUCAGGUGAUAACCUCACGCUAUGCCAAUCAGCAGCACGCCAUUGACUUUGAUUCCUUCAUUGGCUGCCUGAUUCGCCUGGAAAUGCUCUUCAAAAUGUUUGAUGUGUUUAAUAAGAAGAACACCGGAAAAAUCGACCUGGAUAUCCGGCAGUGGCUCUGUUUGACCCUUUUUUGAAAAUCCGUUUAAAUGAAGAGGAUGCAGCAGACCUGAAAUACCCAAAAGUAAAAUCAUCAGUAAAAAGUCAAAUCAACCAAAUUUGGAAUUGAUAUAAAAAUGCAAUUUUUUAAGGCGCUCAUCUGCUUAACAAUUAGCUAUAAUAAAGACAACUAACUCACAUUUUUCAUAUUUGCAAAUUUUGAUAAUUUUAUGUCCAGUUACCAUAGUUUUCACCAAAAAAUAGUACAUUGUUUCUGCCGUAAAAAAUUAUGAAUUAAUACGAUAUUGAAUCAUAACCGCCACCUACUAUAUUGGAGUAUAUAAUCUUAAUCUUAUUUUAAAUAAGACCAGUUUCAUGAAAAAUUCAUUAAUGCCUUAACAACUUCCAUCUGAGAUUUAUCUAUUCCUAAAAUACCUUUAAUGUUCCAUUUCCUUCCUAAUUUGAUGAUGAAUUCUUUACAUUCUUUUCCCUUUUUAUCCUUAUAUUUGCUCUACAAUUUAUUUUAAUUUACAAACCUCACAUUUAUUUAUUCUAUUCAUAAUAAAA